GCCGCCGCCGCUGGUCCCGGGGCGCCUCCCACCUCGCCGCCGGGGGCGGUCCGGGGCCGCCGCGGCAGGACGCGCGGGCGGCGGGGCCGGGGCGGGCGCUGGCGAGCAAGGCGCCGGGCCGACCCGCUCCCGCUGCCGCGCGGCCGGGCCCGCCCUCGGGGGGGCGGGGGAGCCGCCGCCGGGCUCACGGCAGGGCGGGCGGGGGCGGCGCAGCUCCCCGGGCAGGGGGGUCCGCACCUGGCGCGGCCUGGCGGAGCCCCCCUCCCGGUGCCGGCGGCGGCCGCCGGUCUGCCCGCCCCCUCGGCAGGCGGCCGGAGCCAAGGCUUCCCCGGGGGGCGCGGGGGGCUUUCCCGGCGCUCGCUCCGCGCCUCCUCCCGGUGUCCCCGGCCCCGCUCAGCGCCGCCCGCCGGGGUGCGCGCUGCAGAGCUGCCCGCCUUUCCCUGUAAAGCGAGAAAUGCCGCUUCCCGUGCCCGUCCCCGCCUGCCCGCCCCGCGGGGUGCGCGGCAGCAGAGCGGCCCCGCCGGCGGCAGCCGCCCGGUGCACACGCCGCUGCGCUCCCCGCCGUGUGAGCCAGGGCUUGGCCGCGGCUCCGCGCCCGCCCCGGCUCCCUGGUGGCGGCUGCUUCUUCAGACCCAGGCUUCUGUGUUUGUCUAUCGCCAGCGCAGGUUUCGGGAGGGAGAAGCUGAUUGUCUGGUUCUCUUCACCGUAGGCAGUCUGGAUUGCAGAGAGAGCCCUGGAUCUUUGCAGCCUUCUGCUCCAGCUGCUAGGGAGGGAAAAAGCUGGAAACCGACCUGCAGCUGCUGCUUGUGGAAGGGGAGGCACACCCGACGCCAUUCUGGGGUUGUUUGCCCAAGUGCUUCGUCCUGAAAAGACUCUGAAACAAUCAGGCGGCAUCUGAGAAGUGAAUGGAAAGUUUGAAGUCGUGAGGGUUUUUUUCUUUCUAGCAGUACCAGGCUCCUCGCUCUUGGACGCUUUUGUCCACAUGGCGUGGAUACGUGCUAAAUUUAUCAAGUCCUGACUACUUCAGCUGCCAAAAUAAAGUGCUUUCUCACUUUUAGAUACUGUUUUUCUUCUAGGAAUCAUUCCAUCUGAAUUGCAGGCAUAGCCAGCUUUGUUGUCUGGCUCCAGGUUAAAUGCAGCCUGAGUCACAGUGUCGACAUCGCUGAAAAGUUUCAUGGCAGAUAUUUUCCCCCUUGUCUUAUUUUUUAGAUUUUCUGACAUAGCUUUCUGCCAUUUUGCAAUGAGACCUAAUUUCUAAAUGAAGAAUCUGAUAGACGUUCGUUUAUCAUUUUUUAUUUUAUUUAGUUUUAUAUAAUUUUAAAUUUAUAUCAUUUAGUUACUGUUUUUGUUGAAAAAUGUUGUUGCCAAUAAGCAGCAUGGAGGUAUCCAGAUAGCUGUUGUUUACGGAUGCCUCUGUUAGCUGAAGCAAGGGGGUGUUCCACAGUUCAGAUGUGAAAUUUGUUUUUUUGGCUUCAUGGUUUGUGGUGUGACAACUGUAUUUAUUUCACCUGGAUCUCCUGGACCUGAUGCUGCUUAUAGGGAUACAUACAUGGAAUAGCCAAGAGAAGAAGCUGUCAGAGGAAAAAAAAGCUUUUUAAGACAGAGAAUUUUCAAAUUUUGGAAAUAGCCUUGUGGAAUCUGUAAACAAGGAUGGGUAGCUGAUUUCUGUGAGGCCAAGUCUGUGUCAGACAGCUACGAAUGUAGUAUCAGCGAGAACUCAGGAUACUCCCUCAAGGACAACAAACUGGAAAAAUAUAAGUCACACGGUAUUGACACCUUGUGCAGUCCUCUUGGAUUAGGUUUGCAUUUAGCUGUAUUGCCACUGCCUCAAAGAAGAUGAAGACGGACAGAACAACUUAAUUCAAAAGCACUGGCCAUGAGGUGCUGAAGCCUUGUUUCAUUGAUUCGGAGAGACUGGACCUAAAUGGCGCAGCAUGACUUUGCUCCAGCCUGGCUUAAUUUUCCUACUCCACCAUCAUCAACAAAGUCAUCACUGAACCUUGAGAAACAUUAUGAAAAUUUUUCAUGGACAGAGAAUCGUUAUGAAGCAAAUUGCAGAAGACACAGCUCUUCGGAUGGGUUUGAUCCUAACAUUGGACGGUCUAAUGGAGGGCAUUUUGGGAGAAGAGAGAGGAAUGGUUGGCGUGUACAAGGCAGAAAUGGUUCAGAAAAUACAAACCAUCGUGGAGGAUACCAUAGUGGAGGUUCCCGUGCUCGUACCAGGACUUUCCACUGUGGAAAAGGCCAGGGAUGGCAUGAAGACAAUGUACCUGAUACUGAAACUGGGAAAAAGGAAGACAAAGUAGUACCCAAACAAUUUGAGGCUGAGGAUUUUCCAUCUUUGAACCCUGAAUAUGAGAGGGAACCAAACCAGAAUAAAUCUUUAGCUGCAGGUGUGUGGGAGUACCCUUUGAAUCCUAAGUCUAGAUCUCCGAGAAUGCUGGUCAUUAAAAAGGGCAAUACAAAAGAACUGCAGAUAUCUGGAUUCCCAGUAGUAGGAAGUCUUCAUUCACAGUCAGUAAGGGAUGGAACUGGCACAAGUAUUUAUAAAGGAUUAGUCCCUAAACCUGUCACUCCACCUGCAAAGCCUACACAGUGGAAAAGCCAAGCAAAAGAAAAUAAACUUGGGAAUCCGUUUCCUCAUGAGUCUGCAUCCGGUGUUGGCAGUUUCAGUCCUUUCACAUCAAUUGCCAAGGCAUUUACUGUAUCACAAAAUUCAGUGAAAGAGUGUAUUCGGUCAAAUUCUUCAUCCCCUGUUGACAAAGUUGGUCAGCCUCGUUUAACAAAAUUGACAAGAAUGCGGGUUGAUAAGAAGAGUGAAUUUUUGAAAGCAUUGAAACAAGAUAGAGUGGAAGAGAAACAUGAAGAUGAGAGUCAUGCUGGGCAAGAGAAGGAUGAUGAGUCCUUUAACUCGUGUAACAGCAACAGUCCUCAUCAUGAGAGAGAUAUAAACCAAAACUUUGAAAGUGAAAUUCUGCAGGAGAAUGGCAAUGCUUCAAUUACAUCUCAACAGAUCAUUCAAUCUUCAACUUUCCCUCAGGCAGAUGUUCUUUCAAGCUCACUUGAGGCAGAGCAUAGGCUGUUGAAGGAGAUGGGCUGGCAGGAAGACACUGAAAAUGAUGAAACAUUUGCUCCCUUAACAGAGGAUGAGAUGAGGGAGUUCCGAAUCAUUAGUGAACAGUUACAAAAAAAUGGCCUUCGGAAAAACAUCAUUUUGAAAAAUGACCUUAUCUGUGACUUUAAAUUUAGCCCCUGGAAAAACAGCACUUUCACAUCUGCUCUGGAGAAUGAGGAUUCUGAGACAAGCAGCAGUGAUACGUCAGAUGAUGAUGACGUGUGAAGACUUCUGUGACAUCUGUAGAAGCCCGUUCUAAUCUGAUUAAAGUUUGGGGAUGGGUAGUCCACAAAAAAAUCUCGAAUUUAUAUAGUAAGAUACCCACUAGCGGAAGAAUGAUGGGACUUCUGUCUGAGGGAAGGAAGGAAUGUUGUAUUGGGUGUGUUGAAUAUUCACUACGAUUCCUUCGUAAAUGAAUAUUGUAGAACGAGGACAUGGGUUGACCCGGCAUUGGCUGUCUUCAUCACUGAAACAUUUAUGACUAGCAAUGUGACAAUGUCAUAAAUCGGACUUUCUCAUUUAAUAAUAAAACCGAAGAAUUGUGUAA